AUGCAACGAGUAAUUAAAGUAGUAACAGAAGAUGAAUACACAUCAUCAUCAUCGGCAGAAGAUUUUGUCUCAAAACAUCGAUUCAAUAACGGUGAUAAUUCAGUACACAUUUCCAUAGAAUCAACAGCAAAAAUAAAAAAUGAUGGUCAAGUCAAUGUGUACAAACUUUCUAUUUUAGGACUUAAUUUUUCCAACCAAUCUGCUUAUUUUCAGUUUUUUAUAUGUUCUGCAUGUGUCUUCGUGUUUUACCUUAUUUAUGGCUAUUGCCAGGAACUCAUUUUUACAGUUGAAGGUUUUAAACCAUAUGGCUGGUUCUUGACAAUGACACAAUUUUUGCUUUAUUCUUUCUUUGGAUUGAUAGAAAUGUUUUUAAAACAUGAUCGAACCAGAAAAAUGCCACUUAAAAAUUACCUCUUGUUGGCAUUCCUGACUGUUGGUACAAUGGGAUUUUCAAAUUCGUCCCUUGGUUACCUCAACUAUCCGACUCAAGUCAUCUUCAAGUGCUGCAAGCUCAUUCCUGUUCUUGUAGGUGGCAUAAUUAUUCAAGGAAAAUCAUUUAACAAAUUUGAUUGGCUGGCUUGUUUUUGCAUGUCCCUCGGUUUAAUCUUUUUCACAUUGGCAGAUAGCAUGGUGGCCCCUUCUUUCAACAUUUAUGGUGUUUUCUUGAUAAGCGUGGCACUUAUGUUUGAUGCAGCCAUUGGCAAUCUGCAAGAGAAGUUCAUGAAAUCUUCACUGGCAAGUAACGCUGAAGUGGUUUUUUACUCUUAUGCUGUUGGCUUUUUGUACAUUCUUUUGGGACAAAUUGUCUCGAAACAGUUGCCAGAGGCGUUCGAUUUUUGUCAACAGAAUCCAAAAAUAUACAUUUACACAUUCCUGUUUUCUUUUUCUGGUUACCUGGGUGUGAAUGUUGUCUUGUCACUUGUUCAGUUAUACGGAGCUCUCAUAGCAGUCACUGUGACAACAUUUAGAAAGGCGUUGACUAUCAUUCUUUCGUUCCUCCUGUUUAGCAAGCCUUUCACGAUGCAAUACGUCUGGUCUGGCAUGAUAGUAUUGAUAGGGAUAUAUUUGAAUGUGUAUAGCAAGAACCAAAAAUCCUGGGAUAACAAACUCAACAAAAUUUACAAAAAUCUGCUUCCUUCAAAGCAACCAAGGUUGAUGUCACUUGAUAAUCUCAAGAGCAAUAUUGUUUAG